GACAAUUAAAAUAUUAAAUGUGAGGGGAAAAAUUAAUACAUGUUAAAAACAAACAUUAUGCUGAUGUGAUUAUUCAGAGAGGAAACUGCACAAUAUAUUUACAUACAACACAAUAGAACUGUAAAAAUAUGAGUAUAUGAAAGCAUAACCACACCAAAUAAUUACAUUUGGGUAUUUCCAGUAAUGCAACAAUUAAAAAUAGGGCAGUCACUUUGAAGACUGCAUCUGUUAAAGGCUGUGUAGUUAAAUUGUUUUAGAUAUAUAAUGUCUAUGAUGAAUCAGUUGCAGUUGACUGGAAUAAUUUGUUUUUGCCCACUGAUAUUCCUGUUCUGCCUAAUUACUCCGCUUAAUGUUAAUGUGAAGUUAAGAUUAUCUGCUCAGUUUGUUGUUUCUCACUUUUCCAAAUACAUGAGCGUUUCAUUUGACCCAUUACCAGAACUGGUAGCAGCUGACUUUCAGUAACACUAAAUAGGAGUGGCAAUAACCAGUGUGAACCACAGUCAUUAAUUGUGAGGGAGUUUCCACUGAGCAAAAAGGAAGGUACAUUCUUUCAUCUAGUUGACACACCAUCUUACUUGCAUUCAUUUUCUUCUGUCUAUAUACACCUAAAUCAUACACACCAGAGGCUUCAUUUUUAUAUCCCACUACUGAGGAAAUAUGCGUAUCCAGAAUUUUUAUUUUUACAUGUUUCUUUCUCUCUUCGGUCUAGUUUCCUCAGAUGAGGAUUACUUCCAGUCCAGAGCAUGCUGUACUUUCAAAGGUCCACACUUCGAAGAUAUGGAGUACACACGUAUAAUCAGUUUGAACAAGAUUGCAGUGUUGGAGUACAACCAUACGAGGGGCAGCUGGAUAGGAUUUACACCCUACACAAUAGAAAUUGCAAAAUUUUGGAACCUAAAUCCAUUUGGCACGAGUGAAGCAAAAGCAUUGUGUUCAACCAACCUUGGCUACAUCCAAAUCUUAAGUAAUGUUACAGAUAUACCCACCAUCAGAGUGAAAUCAGUAAAGCAGCAUAGUGGUGGACAUCCAGCCAUGCUUGUGUGCAGUGCUUUCAACUUUUAUCCUAAACAAAUCCGAAUGAUAUGGUUGCGUAACCAAAAGGAAGUUACUACAGGUGUCAGUUACUCUGAAGUGAUGCCUGAUGGAGACUGGUACUACCAGAUUCAUUCUUACUUGGAAUACACCCCAACUCAUGGAGAAAAAAUUACCUGUGUCGUUGAACAUUUAAGCGUCUCUGAGCCAAUACUUGCAAUUUGGGAUCCUACCCUUCCUGUGGCUGCACGAAACAAAAUCAUUGUUGGAAUAUGUGGACUCUUGCUUGGUUUUGUUAUUGUGAGCUCUGGAUUCAUUUAUCACAAGAAAAAGUCUUCUGUAUACAAUGCUUUCUGUCAAGGACGAGUGCUGAUUCCUGUGGAACACCUGCCUACAGAUGGAACAACUUAACAGUCACAACCGAAGCCAUUUCUAUUGUCACUUAAAAUUCUAAUUUUUCACAGUGUAUGAAAAGCUCCUCAGAGAGUGUUGCAGAAUGAUUCCUAAACAUAGAAUUUAGUUUUCAUUUUGCACUUCUGAGUUUCAUCUUAAAGCAGGUCUAUGUUUAACACAAGCCUUCACAUCAUGUUUUCAUGUUUUGUUUGGUGGUGAUGUUGACUGUGAAGGUAUUUCAGUUCAUUUAAAUCCUAAUGUCACCAUUUAUGAUUGUAUUUACAGUAAUUUGUAAAGAUUACCUUGCUCAGCAAAAUAUACAUAUUCUACACUUUUAGAUCUUAUUGAUUUUUUUGUUGGGGGAACCAGGGUAAUCCUAACUUCCUGGUUGAGCUUAAAAUGUCUUCUCAGAUUUCUCUGUAUUAUAUUUCUGUGUUUAGCAGCAUACCUAAUAUAUGUUUGUAUACAGGUAAUAGCAGUUUUAUGGCUGGUUGGGUCUGUAAUGUUCUCCAAAUACUACUAUAGUAAACUAAUGCUUUCAUAUCAAUAUGAAAUCUUGUUAAUAUCUCUUGAUUAUUCAUAUCUGCUAAAUCCUUUUAUGAGUCUUAUUUAUAUUUCAUACUAGUUCUGUCAUCAACAGGAACAGAAAUAUAUAAA